AUGUACCUAGUGCUCCGUUGUGCUGUUUACUUGGUAAACAGCCGCAAAACCUCACAAACACUCAGAUAUCUUGCAGUUGCAGAAGGGGAGAACAUUGAAGACCCCAACGUAUCUUGCAGGAAUCCAUCAGAGGGCCCUUCGUAUGUAGCAGGCUCUACUAUUGCUGAAGAAGAAGGCGAAGAAGGCCUGGCUUGGAAGCGACUCUCGAAACGGGCUCACCGUUAUGUCACUGACCUGGCGCGGUUGAUACAUAGAAGCGAGCCUGUGCUGCGCAGGCUGGAUCCCCAAAUGAGAGCUAUGUGUAUAGCAGGGCUUUUGUGUUUGUCUCUGGUGGAGUUGGCUGCUUUGCUAACACUGUUGAAAGGAAGACACAGGCAAAUCGUAUACAGAGAAAUGCAUACAAUUCAAAGACGAAUAUGGGCCCUGCGCGACAGCAUACGCAACGCUGAUCUUUCAAUUUCUCGACAGCGCCACAUCAAACAGCUGCACAUACUGCUAGACAGGAUCAAAGAAGUAGAGCCCGCAACGGCCCUCACGGAGAGGCAACGGCUGCUAAGAAUCAAGCAUCUGUUGCAGCUGCAGGAGAUGGCUUUGGGGCAGCUAAACAUUGGAAUUGUCUGGAUGAGGGAAUCUCUGGAACUCCGUGAAAAGGCCGGUGUUGAAACAAAAGCUUCCGAUGCAGCCGCUAAAGGUGUUAGUUUAGCGGUUGAAGGUGGUGCUGCAGUUGCCGCAGCGGCUCAUGUUACCGCUGCAACUUCUGAAGGUGCUAUUACAAACACUGCAGCUCUCACAAGUGCCGCAGAACGUAGGCUUGCUUCAGUCGUCUGGUCCAUCAGAGCAACAGUGCACAAACGCCGGGAACAAGUUCUUCUCGAUGCUCUCCUAAGCCGUUGGCUGCGGGAGGUGCAUAAAGUAGACCUUCACUACGGCCUUGUCAGGAAGAGCUGUCUCGAUGCAAUUGCCCAAAUGCCGAGAAAAAACCACAUGGAGCUCUUAGAAGACCUUCAGGACACUCCGUUGGGGAGGGGAGAAGAACCCUGGGAAAGCGAAGACCGCGAGGGAGAGGACGCGGAACAGGGAAUUGUCACCCCCACUCCACUCGAGGCAAGCUCACCCAAAGAAGCAUUGUUUGCUGGGGGAGCAACCGGAGCUUCUCUCGAUUUAGGACGGCUGAACAUUUCCACGCCAAGCUCACAAACAGAGGCAAGCGCUGGUGAAUUGGCCGGUGUGUCCGCCUCUCCCAGCGAAGCAACUACUCCUGCUGGUGAGAGGCAGCAAACGACAUUACAUGCAAGUAGUUCUCUCAAAGCUAUGCCUAGUAGAGCAGCGUCCACUGUGCCUUCGCAUGUCUCGCCGCCUACUGCAGCAGGGCAUCUUGAAGGCUUUGCAUUUGCUGCAGCUCCCCAGCCUGCUGUUGUUCCGUCAUCUCUUGCUCAAUCGCCGGGAGCCGCGCAGGAUUCCAAAAAGCCGUGUGCCACUUUCUUCGGAAGCUCUUUGGCUGCUUUGCGAUAUCCUGGGUCCCUACCGAUGCCCUCCCUAAUUUCUUUCAGAGCAGCUGCUUCUGCUGCUUCUGCUUACACGCCAAAAGAAAUCACACUAUGGAGGACCAGUGGUUUUGUUCAGGGUCCUGUUGGCCCAGCUGCUGCUGCUUCACAGGGGGCUCCAGUUGCUUCACUUGGGGCCAUGCCUGCCUCCACAGCCUCACGUCCCUCGCCAGCAGUAACAGAAGUGUUUGAGACACCCCUUGAAGGAUCAAGGCCCCAUCUAAAAGCUACUAUUAUGCCACCCACCCACCAUCAUGCAUAUUCUACACUCUCUGCCUCUCCUGGAGAGGCCCUAAGAGCCUGGCCAUCUCAAGCACAAGGGAUAGACAGAGUGGCUUCUAAAGACCCACGCACAUUCAUAAGGGGGCCUGCGAUGCAGCUGUUUGAAGCAUCAGCGUCUCCGCCCCUGCCAGCCUCUCCUUUUAAAUUGACGGAGGGUCGUUCGUCUUCAGAAAUACCACAGUCUAGAGUCCCCGUGGACAUCUACGGAACGCCAAUCACCUUCAGGGAGUGGGGGCUCGCUGCAAACCAGAGAAUUCCCGCCGCCGCUGGACUCUUGCCCACAACAAAGCCCGACGAACCAGGUCCUGCUGCGAUUGCUGCAGGAUUUGCCGCACUGGAGGACCGGUUCCGUGGGGAAUCCGGCCAAUAG